AUGGCCUACACCCGCUCCAAGAAAGCCCCCAAGAAGGCCAAAACCCGUGCUCGCAAACUUGCACUCGCCGGCUCAGCUAAACCCAGAGCCAGGCCGUCUGCUGCAAAGCGUUCUACCCCCACCACGAACACCACUCCCACUCCUACCCCCACCCCCGCUGAAGUCCACAGCGAUACCGACGAGGAUCUUCUCGGUGCAGCAAAUAGUAUCGUCAGCGAGCUGGGUAAAAUCACUCGAAGCCUCGAAAAACCUAAAGCGAGCUUCUGGAAAAAGCACGGAAGUAACCUCGCUGUGGUCAUCAGAAGGGUUCCCAGCUUCGAUCCCUCCAGAUACCAGCGUGUCGAAGACGAGGACGAAGACGUCUCGAUGGAUAACACCGCUACUACCCCUCCUUCCUCGUACAAGAAGGUUCGCUUCGACAGGCAGGUCGAAGAGAUUGGUAGCUCUGGUGGUAUGAGCGGCAUUCUCACUGCGGCCAAGUUCGGUGAUUCGGAGGACGAGGAGUCUAGUUCCAGCGACGAGACCGACGAAGCCGAGCUCAGUGAGGAUGAGCUCUCCGAGUCGGUCCGUCGGAUUACUAGAAGUCGGGGGCCUAUUAAACCCAAAAACCACGGCUUUGCAGUGGUCAUCAAGAAGUCCCCGGCUUUGACAGCGCCCGUCACCCCGACUCCUGCUGCUUCUGGAGUUCCGAGGGUUACGAGACAUGCUACGACCACUCGUCAUCAGUUCCGCCUUGCUGUCACUGGGAACCCUGCUGCUGUUCCGUCGUCGACGACUACAAGCGAGGCCGUCAGUGUCAGGUCUUUGAUUCAUUCCCGCAUCGACGAUAAGUAUGCUGCGUCUAGAACUCGUGCUACUGCUGCUACCAUUGCUGCAAACCGUCCUGCGUCCAAGGCCUCGAAUGCAAAGAAUGUUUCGACUUUCGCUACUGGUGUCGUUCAGAAGAACACUCGUGGAGCCACCAUCAAGAGGACCAGCGGCCGCAUCGCUGUUAAGGCUUCUAAGGCUAAAAUCGUCGACGUGGAUGAUGACGACGAGGAGGAAGACGACGAGAAGGAGUCUGAGGGGGAGUCUGAGGAGGAGGAGGAGUCUGACGAAGACGAGUAG